AUGGUGGGUGCAAAGGCGGUCACAGGCCCCAGCACCUCCCUGGGCUUGGCACAGCAGGGUAGUGAAGUCAGCAAUGUCAUAGUGAAAACCCCCUUCUAUCAGGUGGCUUGCUGUGAGCCUGUUCCUUGUACCAGCUGCUGCCACCCUAGGUGGCCCUCUCUCACAGAGUCUACUUAUAGCCGCCUGUUCUACAUCUUCCUCCAUGUGGGGGCCUCAGCAGUCUGCUGCCUCCUGCUGUCAAGGACAGUAGUGGAAAGGGUCUGGGGCAAGGCACAUGAGAUCCGGAUGCCCUUGGGGUUGUGUGUCCACCUGUUUGGCCAGUCUGACUGUCCAGUGCUCAGUGGCUCUGGGGCUGUGUACCAAGUAUGUGCAGGAACUGCCACUUUCCACCUGCUGCAGGCUGUGCUGCUGGUUCACCUCCACUCCCCUACCAGCCCACGGGCACAGCUUCAUAAUAGCUUCUGGCUCCUCAAGCUGCUAUUCCUGUUAGGUCUCUGUGCUGUUGCCUUCUGCAUCCCUGAUGAGCAUCUCUUCCCAGCCUGGCAUUACAUUGGCAUCUGUGGAGGCUUCACAUUCAUCCUAUUGCAGUUGGUGCUUAUCACAGCCUUUGCCCAUUCCUGGAACAAGAACUGGCAGACAGGUGCAGCCCAAGACUGCAGCUGGUUCUUAGCUGUGCUGCUGGCCACCCUCGGAUUCUACAGCAUGGCAGGUGUGGGAGUUGUACUUCUGUUCCGUCACUACACACACCCAGCUGGCUGCCUGUUCAACAAGAUGCUCCUCAGUCUGCACCUUUGCUUCUGUGGCCUCCUCUCCUUCCUCUCCAUCACUCCUUGCAUCCACCCCAAGCAACCCUGCUCUGGCCCUCUACAAGCCUCUAUCAUCAGCUGCUACAUCAUGUAUCUGACCUUCUCUGCACUGUCCAGCCGUCCUCCAGAGAGAGUAAUCCUUCAAGGACAGAAUCACACCCUGUGCCUGCCUCGCCUGAGUGAAAUGGAACCCCAAACAUCAGAUACUUCACUAGCAUUGUUGAGUGCUGGCAUCAUGUAUGCUUGUGUGCUUUUUGCGUGCAGUGAGGCCUCCUACUUGGCCAAGGUAUUUGGGCCCUUGUGGAUUGUCAAGGUUUACAGCUAUGAGUUCCAGAAGCCUUCACUCUGUUUCUGCUGCCCAGAAACAGUGGAGCCAGAGGUAGGGCAAAGGGGUGGGGUUGCCAGGCCAGCUGACCGAGAGACCCCUCCAGCUCUUCCAGGUCAAGCCCAGCAUCUUUCCUACAGCUAUUCUGCCUUCCACUUUGUCUUCUUCCUUGCAUCACUAUACGUCAUGGUUACCCUCACCAAAUGGUUCAGCUACGAGGGUGCAGAACUGGAAAAGACCUUUACCAAGGGUAGCUGGGCUACCUUCUGGGUCAAGGUUGCUUCAUGCUGGGCUUGUGUACUCCUCUAUCUAGGACUGUUACUGGCACCUCUCUUGUCCCCCACCCAGGACUCCCAGCCCCCUCUUAUCUUCAGGCAACAAUGCCAUCGCAUCAGUAUCGCCAGGUAA